ACCAUGUCUGCGCGGGAGUCCUUUAACCCGGAAAGUUAUGAAUUGGACAAGAGCUUCUGGUUAACCAGAUUCACUGAACUGAAGGGCACUGGCUGCAAAGUGCCCCAAGAUGUCCUUCAGAAAUUGCUGGAAUCCUUACAGGAGAACCACUUCUAAGAAGAUGAGCAGUUUCUUGGAGCAGUUAUGCCAAGGCUUGGCAUCGGGAUGGAUACCUGUGUCAUUCCUCUGAGGCACGGCGGUCUUUCCUUGGUUCAAACCACAGAUUACAUUUAUCCCAUCGUCGAUGACCCUUACAUGAUGGGCAGGAUAGCCUGUGCCAACGUCCUCAGCGACCUCUACGCCAUGGGGGUCACAGAGUGCGACAACAUGCUGAUGCUCCUUGGAAUCAGCAAUAAGAUGACCGACAGGGAAAGGGAUAAAGUGAUGCCCCUAAUUAUACAGGGUUUUAAAGAUGCAGCAGAGGAGGCCGGAACAUCUGUAACCGGCGGCCAAACAGUGCUAAAUCCCUGGAUUGUUUUAGGAGAUGUGGCUACAACUGUCUGCCAGCCCAACGAAUUUAUCAUGCCGGAUAACGCAGUGCCAGGCGACGUGCUCGUGCUGACCAAGCCCUUGGGGACACAGGUGGCUGUGGCCGUGCACCAGUGGCUGGACAUUCCUGAGAAGUGGAAUAAAAUCAAGCUGGUGGUCACCCAGGAGGACGUGGAGCUGGCGUACCAGGAGGCGAUGAUGAACAUGGCCAGGCUCAACAGGACAGCGGUGGGACUCAUGCACACGUUCAACGCCCACAUGGCCACUGACAUCACGGGCUUCAGGAUACUGGGCCACGCGCAGAACCUGGCCAAGCAGCAGAGGAAUGAGGUGUCCUUUGUGAUUCACAACCUCCCAGUCCUGGCUAAGAUGGCAGCCGUGAGCAAGGCCUGCGGGAACAUGUUUGGCCUCAUGCACGGGACCUGCCCAGAGACAUCAGGAGGCCUUCUAAUCUGUUUACUGCGUGAGCAAGCAGCUUGGUUCUGUGCAGAGAUAAAGUCUCCCAAAUACAGUGAAGGCCACCAAGCAUGGAUUAUUGGGAUCGUGGAGAAGGGUAACCGCAAGGCCAGGAUCAUAGACAAACCCCGGAUCAUCGAGGUCGCGCCACAGGUAGCCACCCAGAAUGUGAACCCCACACCUGGUGCCACCUCUUAA